GGUCACUCGCCAGAUCUCCCAGGUCCCACCAGAUAGACUUGGACUCACUCCACUCGACUAGUUUCACAUAUUCACGCUUCCCUUCACCACACCACACCGCACCAAAACAAAACGAAACACAGAUCACAGGGAGCCAUCGCCACCCAUGGCUUCCAAGCUCUGCGACUCUUGCAAAUCCGCCACCGCCACCUUGUAUUGCCGCCCUGACGCCGCCUUCCUCUGCGGCGCCUGCGACUCCAAGGUCCACGCCGCUAACAAGCUCGCCUCGCGUCACCCGCGCGUCACGCUCUGCGAGGUCUGCGAGCAGGCUCCGGCGCACGUCACCUGCAAGGCCGACGCCGCCGCGCUCUGCCUCGCCUGCGACCGCGACAUCCACUCCGCCAACCCCCUCGCCAGCCGCCACGAGCGCCUCCCGGUCACUCCAUUCUUCGAGUCCGUACACUCCGUCAAGGCCUCCUCGCCGAUCAACUUCCUCGACGAGCACCGCUUCUUCUCCGAUGCCGACGCUGACGUCAGCACCGAGGAGGCCGAGGCCGCCUCCUGGUUGCUCCCCAAUCCCAAGACAGAUCUAAAUUCCUCUCCUUACUUGUUCUCCGAAUCCGAUCCGGUUCCUUACAUAGAUCUGGAUUACGCCGCAGUGGAUCCGAAGGCGGAGCAGAAAAGCUCCGGCACCGCCGACGGCGUCGUUCCGGUGCAGAGCAACUUCGAGCCUUUCACCUAUGGUUACAAGUUUAACUCCACUCUGUCACAAUCUCAGUCACAGAUGAGCCAAAGUGUAUCGUCGUCGUCGAUGGAGGUAGGAGUUGUGCCGGACGGGAACACUAUGUCGGAGAUAUCCAACUGCAGCUACAGCAAGGUAGCGGUGACGGCGACGGCUCAGUUCUCGGCGGCAGAUAGGGAGGCUAGGGUGUUGAGGUACAGGGAGAAGAGGAAGAACCGGAAAUUCGAGAAAACGAUUCGUUAUGCUUCGAGAAAGGCCUAUGCUGAAACGAGGCCAAGGAUCAAAGGCAGGUUCGCCAAACGCACUGAUGCGGAUCCUCUAGCUGGAUACGGCGUGGUUCCGUCAUGUUGAUUUGGCUAAUGAUAUAAUAUAUGCUAUUAUUAUUAUUAUUAUUAUGUGAUAUGCUUCUGCUGUUUACGUUUUUGUUUUCUUAUGUUGCUGUAUAUAAAUCACUCUCUUUUUUGAGUUUGAAUUUAGCAAUGUAAAGUUGCAAACUCUUGGUGUGGAUCGAUUUUGUAGUUGUUUCUUGUUUUUUUGGUGAAUUUUGGCAGCUGUCUCUUGCAUCCAAAGAGACAGAGAAGACGAUGAUGGCAAUAGCAUUUCCUUUUCGGCUAUGGCUGCUGUGCAGAUUUGGCGAAUCAAAAUCUGGAAUGCUAUUGGCACUGGACCUGUGAUUAACAGGUUACUUUAAUCAUAAAUCAUAUUUAAUCCUA